AUGCGUUUUCACAGGGUCAAUAAGACCACCUCAUCGUUAAGAGCAAGAGCGUUGAAGAAGCUCGCGGAAUUAUCAUUGAACAAUAAAGGACAGCAGCCAUUACAAAGAGAUGUUAGCGCAAAGGAUCAUACUUUAGACCUAAUAUUGGGUUCAUUGCCUAUAUCAUACUCAACAAACAUCUCCAAAUUAUAUACGAUACCGUUGACUCUAAAUGAAUGGGAAUUACUAACCGCUGUUUGCCAAGUUAUACCGGGAUCCUUCACAAGUGCCAAAAAACUACUCGAUGAACUUAUUUCUCCAUAUUUUUUGGACUCCCCAAGACAGCGGAUAUCAGAUGUGUUAUCAGCGAAGUUUAAGUUGGAUCAAUUGAAGAGUCCUAAUGAGUUGUUGACUUUCCAAUUAACAAGGUUUCUCAUCAAUCUCUGCACAAAGCACUCAGAAUUGACUGAUAGAUGUAUAGAACUGAUUGAUGAAUAUAUUGCAUUGGUAAAUGAGAAAUACAUCGGUAAACAAACUUGCUUAUUUUCGUUAAUUGGGUUUAUGAAUGCAUUCAUAUACGAAAAAGGUUCUAUUGAACUAAUACAACAUGUUUGGAGGAAACUUUCCUCUUUUUUUGUUCAAGAAGGAUUUUUAUUACAACUUGAAUCAAUAAUCUCAACAUCUCCAACAUAUACUAAUGAUGUUAUUGUUCAAUAUUACGAGGCAGGAAAUGAAAUAUGUGGGCUUUUAUUUACAGAUUUAUUGGCUCGUUUACAAAUUUCACUUGUAUCACAGCUCCUAUGUACACCUUCGCAGUUUCUGAACCUUUCCAGCUAUUUAUUGGAAAUUCAAAAACUUUCGUAUCGUAUUAAAGGAGAUUUUUCAAGUAAAGACAGUGAAGUAGAAAUGGUUGAUGAUUUCUACUCCAAAAUUCGAAAUUAUAUACCAAUAUUAACUGAGAUAUGUCACUUUUCCUCCCAAUAUUUUGAGACUAGUAAGGGUAUAGACCUGUCAAGCGAUAGUAGAGCUCUUUUUUCAUUUGACUCAAGAGCCCUAUUUAUUGAAUUUAUGUGCCUUAUCCCAUUUCUAGAAAAUGGGGAAGCCGACCUAUUCCAUCGUUUCACUGAGGUAAUUGCAGACUCAAUGGAUAAAUACGUCCUCUCAGAAGUAAUUACUGAUAAUUUGACCAAAGCAAUUGUUACUGCCGGAUCUCUAUUGAAUUAUUUUACAGAGGCUACUUCUCUAACGCUAUUAAGAAUGUUCCCAUUAUUAGUUGCAUCUCAACAUAUCAGCACUGCCGUUAUUACGGAUAUUUCGAAAAUUUUUACGAUUGGUUUAUUGCCUUUGAAUGAAGAUGCGAUUGUUAGUACAAUAUAUUCAUUAAAUAACCUAUUGACGACAAGCGAUGAUGGUUCAGCUAAUCCAAUCCUCAGAGAAAGAAAACUAACAAUUACAUCUGGUGCAAAUGCUCAUUUAAGUGGAUUUCAUAGGUCAGCCACAUACGAUUCGUUACAAGCGUUCAGGAACAUAACAAACAGCUUGAAUCGAAGUGCUCCACUCUCAGAUAAUAUAUCUCAUGAAUUUCCUUCAAGUGGAUCAACAGCAUUCCAUAGUAUGUUAUUCAGGAAUUGUGUCACAGCAACAACAAUAAUAGCCGCACAUUAUGAUAAUCAAACAAUUAGGCUUUUGGCCUUUUCAAUUUUAAGUCAAAAAAUCGCAGUAAUCUCAAAAGAAUUAGAUGGAAUUAUAUUGAAUUCCAUAGCGCAUUUAUGCAUUUUUAUGACACCUAAUGAAUUCUCUCACGUUCUGAAAUUUUACAAUACUCUUUUGACAAGACCAGAAGAUGGCACACGUUUUUUUAAGAGUGUUACUAAUGCAAGAGAAAUUCUUUCAAAACAUCUUCUAUCGAAGAAAUUAAACUCUGUUCUAUAUAUGAUGCAUCUUCGUGACCUCUUAGAAAAUAUAAUAUCAUGUGGGGAAGUGGAAAGAUUGGAACACCACAGGCCUCACACUGAAAUCUCUCGUGUUGCAGAACAAAUCGCCUCUUACUUGAGCCCCUUGGCUGCAUUAUUACCAAAUCCAGAUUCUGAGCCAUUGCAGAUAGAUGAUGACGAAGUUACGACGAAUCUGUUUAGAAACGUCUGGUUUAACAUGGUUAUCCACGGAUUUUGCUAUAACUCCGAGUUGGUUAACAAUAACUACAAUUUCCUUUUAACUAUAGCAUAUAAUAGUCCACCAUUGGCUUCAGAUUUCCCAUCCAAUAAUAAAGAAAUGUCCUUAGAAAUGAAUACGAUAUUACGUCGUGGGUCGUCUAAUGCAAAUAUUAAGCAACAAAAGCAAGCGAUUGUGGAGUACUUAAACGUAAAUGCAGUCCAAUCGAGAACAGUGUCGGCUUCUAAAGUUAUGUUUCUGGCAGCAACUUCGUUAUUGGAAACCAUUAGGUGUGAGGCUGGUGAUUGUUCUAAAGUAUUGCUUUACCUCUCAGAUUCAUCGAUUAGUGACAGUUCCUUGGAAAGGCCCAUUAAUACGAUUGCUCUUGCCAUGAUUACGAAAUUUUCCAAAUUACUUCAAUCUGAUAAUUUUAGGCGCUUUAAUUCGAGAACAACCGCUUAUCAGUUAACUAACUUACUACUUUGCUUGGCACAUCGUGAUCCAAUUUUACAAGAUGCUGCUUUUCAAUAUUGUGAAACAUUUAUUAGACUUAUCCCAUCAUCAUUAUGUCAUCAUCGUUCACUAUAUACGCUGUUGGAUCUAUUAACUGCCCUUUUUGAUAGUGUAAUGGAUUGUGAGGGAAAUAAAUUUGAGCCGCAUUAUGAAUUCACAUUAAAACAUUCUGGAACUAAAAUUUUAAUUCCAGGUUCAGCAACGUGGCGUACAUCUGCACUAUCAAGAUUGCAUCAUACCGCAAAGAAUUGGGUUCAGAUUAUCCUCAAUAAAUCUGCACAAGAUACUAAGAUUCUCUUACAAGCGUACAUUUCUGAUUUCAACGCUAAUGAUAGGUUAAGUAACGUUGAUUUUGGAAUAUCAUUCGCCAUUGAUAUGGCUGGUAUGGUUAUCUCAGCUGACGUUGAAUUGUCUAAAUUAACAUUCUCCAAACCUGAACAGCCAAACACGGUAGCUAGUUUUAUUUCACAACAUUCUUGGAGGUCUAAAUAUCUGGUAGAUACUGCAAUGGUUUCGUCCUCUCAAGAUAUAGAGGUGGAACUAGUUAAUUUAUCGGAUAAGAUUAGAUCUGAUUUGGUUAAAGGUAUUGCAGUUGACAUGAAAGAUGUUACCAAUUUCUUAGAUAUGUCAGCUGCCCUCUUAAUCUUGGGACAGUAUCGAUCAGGAUCUCUUAUAUAUGACAUUGUGCAUAUACCAUUUGAAGUUUUCACAUCUGCGGCAAUGAAAUCGGCAACGAAUGUGUGGCUAAGUAUUAUCAAGGAGAGAAAGGAUUUGGCACACAUAUUACUUGUCGAUAUUUGUUAUUGUUGGAUAAAAUCUAUCGAUAACAACGUUGGGUUGUAUUCAAGAGAUCAUGAUUUAAUAGCUGAAGAAUAUCAAGCGAUGGAAUAUAAGCCAUAUAAUAAGAAGGGAAUUAACAGAGAUGCCAAUAUUGUAUCUCAAUCUAUGCAACCUCAUAGGCACGUUAUUAGUUUCUUUACAUCACACUUUGAAGGGACUUUGUACCAAAGUAGUCACAUCCUAAGUGUAUUUACCAAAUGUGUUCUCCAUGGAGUUAACAAUUUACGAAAGGCAUCGUUGCAUCCAUUUGCGCGUAUGAUUCGUCAUGAACUGUUGAACUUUUCCAUCUUAGUCUUAGUGGUCAAUAACAGAAUAGGAACUAGAUUUAUCAAAGAUUUAGGUAAUGGUAUUGUCUUUGGUGGUCUAACAUGGUUUAAGAGACCCAAAUCAUGGCCUUUUGGAGCUCAUGAAUUGAAGAUUAAGGCAGAUUUAUCUAUCAUGAGAGAAUUAUUCAGAAGAAUGGAAAGUGUGAGGAAGGUAAUACGGUGUACUAACGAAUAUUCUUUGUUUAUUUCCUUUUUAAAGAACGAGAUACAACAAGUUCAGACAUGGUUGACUCCAUUGGAAAAUCGAGUUCAUAGUGGUAGUACUAGUAUUACUACUUCAAUCUUACAAGCAGCCUUUGAUAUUGAUGUACAAUUAGCCCUCUCAUUAACUGAAAGAUACCCGGAUAAGAAUUUAGACUCUCAAAUCAUUGACAUGAUUAUGAAAGAUCCUACACAUUGUGUUAAUUCUAGGUUUGCGUUGGAAUCCUUCUUAAUAGGAACAUCAAGUAGAAGAAUGAUAAAUACUAAAUCUGGGGUUAAUGAUAAUAUGCAUAUGGUACUUUAUUGGACAGCAGUGAGUCCAAUCACGUCCAUAAACUUGUUCUUACCCAAGUGGAACAAUGAUCCAUUUCUUCUCCAAUACAGUAUUUUCUCAUUGGAGUCACACGAUGUUAAUGUUACCUUUUUCUACGUGCCUCAAAUUGUUCAAUGUUUAAGAUAUGAUAAGACGGGAUAUGUUGAGAGGUUGAUUAUGGACACCGCAAAGAUUAGUGUAUUAUUUUCCCAUCAAAUUAUAUGGAAUAUGUUUGCUAAUUGUUAUAAGGAUGAUGAGGGAACGGUUCCAGAUGAUAUUAAACCUAUCUUAGAUCGUGUCCGUGAACGAAUGAUAUCUACUUUUGAUGAUGAAUCAUUAGAGUUUUACAAUAAGGAAUUUAAAUUUUUUAAUAAAGUUACAGGAAUAUCUGGUAAAUUAAAACCUUAUAUUAAGAAGAGUAAAGCUGAAAAGAAGCACAAGAUUGAUGAAGAAAUGAGUGACAUUGUAGUGGAAUCUGGUGUUUAUCUACCAUCGAACCCUGAUGGUACAGUUAUUGACAUUGAUCGUAAAAGUGGUAAACCAUUACAAUCCCAUGCGAAGGCUCCCUUCAUGGCCACAUUUAAGAUUAGAAAAGACGUUACAAACGAUGAUACUGGUUUAACGGAAACCGUUGAUUCAUGGCAGGCGGCAAUUUUCAAAGUGGGUGAUGAUUGUCGCCAAGAUGUGUUAGCAUUACAAUUGAUUUCCAUGUUUAGAACCAUUUGGUCUACGAUUGGAUUAGAUGUUUAUGUUUUCCCCUAUCGAGUGACAGCUACUGCACCCGGGUGUGGUGUCAUUGAUGUGUUACCUAACUCUAUAUCUCGUGAUAUGUUGGGACGUGAAGCAGUGAAUGGACUCUAUGAAUAUUUCAUCUCUAAAUUUGGUAAUGAAAAUACCAUUGAAUUUCAAAACGCACGUAACAAUUUCAUCAAAUCAUUGGCUGGUUACAGUGUCAUUUCAUAUUUAUUACAAUUCAAAGAUAGACACAAUGGUAAUAUUAUGUAUGAUGAUAAGGGACAUUGUUUACAUAUUGAUUUUGGGUUCAUUUUUGAUAUUGUGCCCGGUGGAGUUAAAUUUGAAGCUGUUCCCUUUAAAUUAACUAAGGAAAUGGUUAAAGUUAUGGGUGGGUCACCUCAAACCGCGGCAUAUGGUGAUUUUGAAGAAUUGUGUAUAAAGGCAUAUUUAAGUGCCCGACCACACAUGAAUGCAAUCCUUGAAUGUGUCAAGCCCAUGUUAGACAGUGGGUUGCCAUGUUUCAAGGGUACUAAGACGAUGAAGAAUUUACAAAACAGAUUUCAACCGCAGAAGAAUGAUCAUGAGGCGGCGAUAUACAUGAAGGCACUGAUAAGAAAGAGUUAUGAGAGUCUAUUCACCAAGGGAUACGAUGAGUUUCAAAAAUUGACGAACGGAAUUCCGUACUGA